AAUCAAACAUUAAUCUAGGUGCUGUAGUGAAGGUAUUUUUAUAGCUGUGAUUAACAUCCUCAGUAGGUUGAUUUUAAGUAAAGGAGUUAACGCUCAAUAAUGUGGGUGGGCUUUAUACAAUCAGUUGGCAGACCUUAAAGGAAAUAGCGAAGUUACCCGGUGAAAACAGUAUUCUACCUCAAGACUGUAACACUACCUCCUGCAGAGAUGAGUUUCCAGCCUGCCGUUUGCCCUACAGAUUUUGAACUCAAGACCAUAACAUCAGUCCCUGCCUCAGUUUCCAGCCUGCAGGCCUACUCUACACAUUUUGGACUUGCCAUCCUCCAUAACUGGGAGUCUCUGUUUUUUCAGCAAUCAUUGGGCAUCAGCAUGAUCGCUUCUCAGUUGAUGGCUUAUGUGGCAUUUUUGGCUUUCUGCAUCUUAGAAGUCAGUGCCGUGGAAACUUUUAUUGCAGCUGUUUAUGAACAUGUAGAGAUAUUGCCUAGUAGCCUAAAACCAACAUCUCGUGAAGAGGCACUGGCAUUAAUGAACCAAAAUCUGGAUGUUUUGGAGGGAGCCAUCACAUCAGCAGCAAAGCAGGAUGCACAUAUUAUUGUGACUUCAGAAUAUGGUAUUUAUGGCACUAACUUCGUCAUCAGGGAAGAUAUCUACCUAUACUUGGAGAAUAUCCCAGACCCUCAAGUGAACUGGAUACCUCGUAAUGACCCCAACAGAUUUGGCCACCCACCAGUGCAAGAAAGACUCAGCUGCUUGGCCAAGAAGAACUCUAUCUACGUUGUGGCAAAUAUUGGGGACAAGAAGCUAUGCGAUGCCAGUGACCCUCAGUGACCCACUGAUGGCUGUUACCAAUACAACACUGAUGUGGUGUUUGAUUCUGAAGGGAGAUUGGUGGCACGCUAUCAUAAGCAAAACCUUUCUGUUGGCAAAGAUCUAUUCAAUUCACCCGAAAAGCCUGAGUUUGUGACUUUCAACACCACCUUCGGGAGGUUUGGCAUUUUCACCUGCUUUGAUAUACUUUUCCAUGAUCCUGCUGUGACCCUGGUAAAAGAUUUCCAUGUGGACACCAUACUCUUCUCGACGGCUUGGGUGAAUAUUUUGCCACAUGUAUCAGCUGUUGAAUUCCACUCUGCUUGGGCUGUGUGCAUGGGGGUCAAUUUCCUUGCAGCUAAAAUACAUAACCCCCAGAUGAAAAUGACAGAAAGUAGCAUCUAUGCACCAGAUUCUCCGAGAGCUUUUCAUUAUGAUAUGAAGACAGAGGAGGGAAAAAUCCUUCUCUCCCAACUGGAUUCCCAUCCAUACAGCUGUGUGGUGAAUUGGUCUUCUUAUGCCAGCAGUAUAGAAGCACACUCAAUGGGAAACCAGGAAUUUGAAGGCACUGUUUUUUUUGAUGCUUUCUCCUUUGUGGAGCUCAAAGGAGUCACAGGAAAUUAUACAGUUUGUCACAGAGACCACUGUUGUCAUCUAAGCUACAAGAUGUCUGAGAAGGGAUCAGAUCAAGUUUAUGCCCUCGGGGUGUUUGAUGGACUACACACUGUUCUAGGAAACUUUUAUCUACAUAUUUGUACCAUGUUGAAGUGUGGAACAACUAACUUAAAAACCUGUGGUGAGUCAGUUGAAGCAGCUUCCACCAGGUUUGAAAUGUUCUCUCUCAGUGGUACUUUUGGAACCCAGUAUGUCUUCCCUGAAGUGUUGCUGAGUGAAGUUCAGCUUGCACCUGGAGAAUUUCAGGUGUCAAGUGAUGGACGCUUGUUUAGCCUGAAGCCGACAUCUGGACCUGUCUUAACAGUGACUUUGUUUGGGAGGUGGUAUGAGAAGGACUGGACAUCAAAUGUUUCAUCAGAGUUCAGGGCACAAGCACUAAGAAUGAUGAAAAUAGCUGUAACAAUUAUUAUAUUAGCUAUAAUAACUACUUUUUUAAAAAUAAUCUUUUAAAGGUGGAUGUUAGAGAAAACAAGAAUGAGUCUGGACUUUUUGAUAAUCCUGGUCUCUGGUGUAAGUGAAUUAUCAGUCAAACACACACACACACCCUUCUGAUAAUACAAACCAGAUAAAUUGUAUGAAUAUUUUGAAAGAUAAUAUCUGUAAAAUUACAAAAACAAUUGUACUCACUUCUGAGGUUUUUUUAAUGAUAAUUAAAUAAGUUAAUAUAUUUAAAGUGUUUAGACAAGUUCCUGGCUCUUGGAAAGCAUUCCCUGUGUAUUAGCUAUUACAAUUAAAUGUGACUAUAACAAGAAAACCAAUUGUGAUGUAUUUUUUUCUAAAAUCAUAUCACUUCUGAUUGUUUAAAGUACAUAUAUUUUUAUGUGAUUCAGCCACCCAACAUAUUUCAAUUAGAAAUCAAUAAACUCACCAGAUCUACUGGCCUGACAGAGACUGGAGAAACUCUGAGAGUAUGGCUCUUGGACACUUUUUAG